CAUUUCUGACACACAACGGAACGCACCCCGUUGGAUUCCCUGUGCGUUGUUUGUGUGUGUGUUUGGUUGGGAACAACCGUGGUCUGCCGUGGUGUUGUCGCACGAUGUGAGGUCGCAAACGGUGGUCGCAUCCUCGUGCGUUUGUGUGGGAAAAAGUGUCGCUUUGCAGCUGGCGGUCGUUCAUCUGAGAAAAUCCACCGUAUAAGCAAAGCUACGCGAAGCUUCUGGCGCGGUCGUCCUGGCUGAGGGGAGGACGCCAAAAUGUCCGGCACCGAUUCUGGCAUUGAGACUGGAAGCGAAAGCAACGGCAGCACAUCGAUGUCGGUCGGUUCUCCGCCAAGGCUGAACGCCGACAACGACCAGGUCGAGCCGCAGGAUGAAGAAGUAGGCGAGCCGUCCGCUCCUUUCUUCCGCAGCGUCCAGCCCUUGGCCGUGCAGUGCCUUGGCACCAUGGCAACGGAGUCAUCGGCCUCGCUGCACGGUCAUGGCACCAUGGAAGACAGUGGCUCGUCUUCGCCGCGUGCUUGGCUCGGCAAGAUACGCAUGCAGCACAGGCGUGCCUACAGGUGGCGUCACUUACCAGGCAACUGCUCCGCCUUCAGGAACAUCAUCGGUGAGCGCAAGCUACGCAUAGCAGCCAUCACAAACCAGAUCCCACUAGUGCGCCGUCUCCUGGAAACCGGUGUAAAUCCGUGUGCUGCCGACGAACGUUCCCGCACUGCUUUGCACUUUGCGGCUUGCAAGGGUCACCUGGAAAUAAUCAAAAUGCUCCUAGAGCACGGCGCCGACCCAAACCAGAGGGACAUCGUUGGCAACACUCCACUCCACCUUGCUGUUUGCACAAGUCAUACAGAGGUUAUCACGCACCUGCUGAAAGCGGGAACCGACGUGAACUCGCUGGACAACUCGGGUCGCACACCACUGCACCUGGCCCAGUCCAAGCUGCGCGUCCUGAAGGUGGACGUCUCAAAGUCAUCGGAGAAUGUCAAGCAGGAAGUCAUGAAUGUGAUCGAAAUGCUGCAAGUCUACCUCCAGCGGAGUGGCAAGCCGGCGGAGAGCGACCUGCUGGGUGCCUUUUCCACCAGACUGCGCCUGCACCAGACGCGGCAGGAGGUCGACAAUGACGUACAAGAUCUGCUGUCCAGCUUAGCACACCUAAGCCUUCACAAGACCUGAGCAGAGACGUUUUGGUGAAACUUGCAGCAAGACAACUGCCAUGGGACAAGACGUAAAAAAAAAAAAAGAGAGUACAUAGAAAACGUGAAGACUGUUCACGUUGCUCCAUCAGUUUCUCAGGAAGUUAUUAAUUUGUCGAUACAUGCUUGUGACAGCUGAACUGCGGGGGAGGGGCAUGAAGACGAGCGUCCAGCUUUGUUUUUUCUUGUUUGUUAUUUUUUUUUUUUUACAAGGACAGUUCCCAAGCGCUGGAACCGUACAUCUGCCAGAACUGCCUCCCAGCUGUGGUGUGCAAAGACAGGUUGUGCAAUGUGUUUUCAUAGUUUGUUUUUUGCUUAUUUGGUGCAUUAAACAUGUUUAAAACCA